UGAGGAGCAUAUAAAUUCUUUGUUUAAUGAUUUGUAAAUUCAUAACAAGUUAAUAGUGUUUUCGUUUAUUGGCAGUGGCAACCUAGUUACCCACGAGUUUUGCCCUAGGUGUUGUUAUUGUGUUCGUUUAUUAAUUCAGAAGUCAACUAGUUUUGCCCGAGAUUUGAACCUCAAGCAGGCGGUUGCACCCCGUGAAAGUUGUCAGUGUUGGGGGUAAACAUAAGUAAAAAGUUUUGCCCCGUGCUUGUGGAGAAAACGAAAACGGCAUAAGACAUGAAGGUUUUUUGAUGCUUUUAAUUAAAGAAGUUUUUAAAAGAAAGCAUUGAACAGUGCUUAUCAUCAAUGAUCAAAAUGGCGACCAGUUGGUGUUUACAUUUUUCAAAACAAAAACAAAAAGCUACCCUACCACAAUCUGUCUCAGGAAAUACUCUAUUCUCUGGCCAAAAAAUCUAAAACGAAGAAGAAGAAGAAGAAGAAAGGAAACAAAACGAAAAUAUUUAUACACGUGAAAAGUGAACAACUUUAGCAAGGGUAGCACAUUUCCCACAUUAUUCAAGUUAAAUAAAAUGAACGAAUCACCGGACGUUGAUACGGUCCUGCCGAGCGUUAUCGAGAAAGUACAACAGCCGGAUGAGGCCACCAAACAUGAGACUAACCAAAACGAGGAUCCAGGCGAACCACCGAUGUCCAAACGACAACGGAAAAAGCUACUCAAACUGCAACAGUGGGAAAUUAAGAAAAAGGAAAAACGGCUCAAGGAAAAGGAAAAGAUGCGGGAACGAAAGCUGAAGGCGAUUGCAGCCGGGCUACCCACCCGGAACGGCCCUAGCCGGAAGGAGCUGAAGCGGAACAAAAUCGAUUACAGCAAAUCGGACAUCUCGGUAGUGGUGGAUCUGAGCUUCGAUGGCAUGAUGAUCGACAAGGAUGUGGCCAAAUGCGUGAAGCAGUUGCUGCGGAUCUACACCAUGAAUCGGCGGUCUGAGAAGCCGAUUCCGCUUCACUUCACCGGAAUCAAACCGGGUGGGGCGGUAGAAAAGCAUCUCAAACGGAACGACGGUUAUCAGCAUUGGGACGUUCGGUUUAGCGGCGAAUCGUUUUUGGAUUUGUACAAUCGAGACAAGUUGGUGUAUCUGACGAGUGAAUCGGACAAUGUGCUCACCACGCUGGAGAAGGAUCACGUGUACGUGAUCGGGGGAUUGGUGGACCACAAUCAACACAAGGGCCACUGUCACACGUUGGCUAGCGAGAUGGGCAUACGGCAUGCCCGUUUGCCUUUGAGUGAACAUAUUGUAAUUAAAACUAGGACAAUUCUCACCAUCAAUCAAGUAUUCGAAAUCUUGAUGAAGAUUCAAUUGGGCAAACCAUGGCAGGAAACACUCCUUGAAGUGCUCCCUAUGAGAAAAGGGGCACUACCGAAAGGACCUAAUGGUGACGACAAAUCCAUCCAAGCAAUUGUAAAUCCCUCGGAAGUUACAAAAGUAGAUAGUGAGAAAUCAUUUCAAGAAAUAGGCAAAAGUGACUCGGAGAAAUCCCUUGAGCAGCAAAGUUAAUUUUUAUGUUUGCGACCAAAUAUAUUAAUUGAAUCUAUCACAUCUUUCGUAUCCUCCUAAAUUAAAUGGAAAUGUACGGGACAUUAUUUCUUUUAGUUGAAUUAAUAAAAAUCGAUCAACAGAUAAAU